AUGGCCGCCGCCGGAGCACAAUAUGCCUUGCAGACAGGCUUGACCUUUGGUAUGUCAGCAACAGAGGGCAUCCACUCACCUCACCCCAAGCCAGUGGACCCAAAGUACAGCGAGGAUGAGUACGUAUUGCCGGCAUCUAUCACCCCGGAUGCCAACGCUCGUGUAGCACUUCGUGGGAAGAACCAAGACGUCCUGGUUCCCUAUAUCUGUAUCGGGGCAUGGUCCUGGGGAGACAAGGCCACCUGGAAGUACAACGCCGUCAAUGACCUCCCUCGUAUCAUGGAAGCCUGGGAGAAGCUGCAGGGCGCCGGGUUGACAUUUGUUGACACGGACCAGGCAUACGGAGAUGGAGAGAGUGAGCGUAUCUGCGGACAAUUAUUCAAAAAGAUGCGGCGGGAGCAGUUCGUGAUCCAGACCAAGUGGAAGGCUUGGGGCAAUUUGACGAGCACGAUACUUCAAUCCCGUGGACCGCAGCACGAUCUUCUAUCGUCACUGACGAAUCUCGGUCUUGACUAUGUGGACAUUUAUAUGGUAGAUGGACCCAUCCAUCUCAAUAUGAUCUCGACAGUGGCCAAAGGUCUUGCUGAGUGCGUGAAUACCGGCAAGGCUAAGGUUGUCGGAGUAGCCAACUACAGCAAAGAAGAGAUGAUAAAAAUGGCCGAUGAACUCGCAUCUCACGGGGUCCCCCUUGCCGUCAACCAAUGCGAGUACUCCGUCAUCAGACGGCACCCCGAGACAUCAGGAUUAAUCCGCGAAUGCCAUAGUCGCGGAAUCGUUUUCCAAGGCUAUGCCGCCUUGGCUGAAGGUCGACUGACAGGCAAGUACUCGCGCUUCAACGAGGCUCCACGCACGUAUCGUUUCAGCAGCUAUCCCAUGCAUAUGCUCGAUCCGACCCUCAAUGUCCUGCAGCGGAUCUCGGAAAAGAGACAGGUUCCCAUGGCUGCUGUGGCGCUGAAUUUCAACAUCAACAAGGGUGUUUUGCCAGUGACUGGGGUCCGCAGUGCUGCGCAGGCUGUGCAGAAUAUGCAGGCAUUGGGAUGGCGAUUAACACCUGAUGAGAUGCGGGAGAUUGAAAAGGUUAGCCUUGAGGGAGCUACAACUGCUAUGUGGCAGCAUGGAUGA